UAUCGAAACAUCAUCUCUCAUGUUUCCUCAGUCGUCUGUCUUCACUGUUUUCCUGGGUGUGGAGAAGUCCUCAGGUCUGGUCUACUAGAUGUUUUUCAAGCCGUUGGACCUGACCACUGCUCUUCGUCCCUUGUUGUUGCCCGAUGAGACCCUGUUGUUCGUUCAGGAUGCGGUGGGGUUAUAUGAGGGCAAAUACAAAAUUCCCGACUAUCAGGACGGCCAUGCGUACCUCACGUCGCACCGAGUAUGCUACGUCGCAGUCGAGGAGCCGCGGAAGUACUCGGUCAGCAUUGACUUGAAAGAGGUGGAUCAUGCGGAUUACCAAGCUGGUUUUCUGAAAUCGUCGCCUAAGAUCACCUUGUACCCCAAACCGCGGAAGACCGGUCUCUCCAAGUCUCGAAGCACCGCGGCGAGUCCAGCCCGCUCUUCGCACCCAGCCCAUCUGCAAUCAACAAGAUCCCAGUCGCCAUUGACGCGGAUAUCCACUCCCCAGGUCCAGUCACCCGCACCACAGCCAGUGCUGGCCACCUGGAUUUGCCCCAUAUGCUCAUUGUCCAACCCGGUGCCUUACAACUUCGAUCCGUCCACGGCCACUACAUCGACGCAAGUGCCUCCUUGUCUAGCAUGUGGCAUCAAACCCCCUUUCACAACCGUGCUCAAGGCCGCCAUAAGUGCUGCAGCCAGCCGAGAGGGUACCUCGACAGCAUCUGCCUUGCCUCUGCCCGGUCAGGAAGCCGUUCCCGAGCACAAUGAUACCCGCAACGCGACUUCAUCACAGAACGGGGCCUCGAUCUCAUGCCCCCGGUGUACUUUUGUAAAUCACCCUUCUCUUUUGGAAUGUGAAAUUUGCGGCGCUCCGAUCAGGCCCGCCGGCGCCCCGGGUGCUACAGGUGAUACUCUGGGGCGUUCGGAGUCCCCGGCUCCAUUCUUCAACCAGGGAAGCAUCAAGAGUACCGAAAUAACCGACUGCAUCAAACUUUCGUUCCGUGGAGGGGGCGAAAAGGCUCUCUACGAGAGGCUGAAAGGCGCCUUGGUCCAGAGAAAAUGGCUUCUCUAUGAUGCGCCCCCCGCACCGCAGCAGCCGUCGCAGCGCACAUCAUCCCCUGGUUUGACAACGGCCCCAUCGGUGUCGGAUGCGGUUCCCGCACAGACUCGGUCCCCCGCAGUUGGCAUUGCUGGCCUUGAACAACGAGGGCUUCAAACUCGUCGGAACAAUGAACUAGUCAUCGGCAAUGCGUUCGAAGAUCUGGAGGCGCUCAUGGCAUCCGCGAAGCAGAUCGUUAGCCUUGCUGAAACACUGGCGCGGGAAUCGGGUAUGGCCAGCGAUGAGGGCUCCGCGGAAGCCAGUGCAGUACUUUCAGAAUCGGUGGAAGCGUUGGGGAUGGUGACGACCAAGGAUAUGCUUGGUUCUGGUGCGGAGAGCUUGUACCUGUCGGAACUUUCGCGCAAUCUAGCAGAAUACUUAACCGAUGACCGCAAAGGGAUUCUCCAGAGAGAAGGCGGGAUUGUGAGUCUCAUCGACUUGUGGGCCAUCUUCAAUCGGUCGCGCAACGGGGUGGAGCUAGUCAGUCCUUCGGAUUUCCAGCGAGCGGCAGGGUUGUGGGAGAAGCUGAAGCUCCCAGUCCGGUUGCGCCGGUUCAAGAGCGGCCUGCUUGUCGUCCAGCGUUACGACUGGAGCGACGAAAAGACCAUCCAGCAGAUACGAGACUGGAUGGCGGAGCUGUGCCAGCAUCCGCCCGCUGAAUCAGUCGCCUGGGACUGGCGCAUCUUCGGGCAGGCCGUCACGGCUCAAGAGGCAGCGCAGCGGUUCAAAUGGAGCGUGGGCGUCGCAACCGAGGAGCUGGAAAUGGCCGAAGAUCAAGGCAUCCUUUGCAGAGAGGAAGGCAUCGAGGGGCUGCGGUUUUGGAGCAACCAUCUCAUAUCCAGCUCCGAGCCGGAAAACGUAGGCGCGCUGAGCGUCACCAGCCUUACCAUCUGAUUAAUCCAGACCUCGACAACAAGUCCGUAAACGAUCACGCUUAAACGACCGCCCAUGCAAUCAUGUUCCGUCACUCCAUUCUGUACAUAAACCUACUAGACAUCUCGCCCCUCAGGAGCCGGGACCAGCAACCAGCUCGCAUCACAUCCAACCAUGCAGACUAUCUAUAUACACAAAACGAUCAAAAGAACGAGACAGAAUUAGACCAACUCCCUCCCAAUGAUCAAAGCAUCCACCAACUCCUCACUAUUCGCCAACCGACCGGCCCCCGGGACACGGCCAAUCACGCGGAAACCCAGCUUCUCCCAGAUCUUGACCGACGCGACGUUGUUCUCAAAGACAAGAUUGAAGACGGAAAACUUAUAGCCCUGCAUCGGUGUUAGCCCCCCAAUCUCACCACCCAGUCCGAUAAAGGGGAAAGAAAGAUAGAGAACCUACCAGCUUCGGCGCAUACUCCAAAUAAGUCUCACCCAUGACGAUUCCCACUCCGCGGUUACGCGCCGCCCCCGUCGUCAUGAAUCCCGCAUUGCAGACAUGCGAGCACCGCCCUA